AUGCCGGUUAUUGGUUAUUACCUUAUGAAUGAUAUAAUGGGUGGAGUAAAGGCAAAUACUGCUGGUUAUAGUAAUAACAAUAUAUGUGGUAUGUCCUGGUCAUUAAAUACUAAUGACGCAUUGACACGUAUUGAUAAUAUAAUCAAAUUUGCUUAUGAUGCUCUUGAUAAGAAGGACCUUGUUAAUAGAGCUAGAUCUGGUUAUAGUGUUGAAGUUGAUAAUACUACUAUUACUACUGAUGUUGUUGCUGAUGAUGACUAUCCUCACCAUCAACAUGAGCAGCCAUGUGCAGGGAAUGGUGGUCAUUGUAAGGAGAAUGUUAUGAUGAUGAAGAAGAAGAAGAAGCAGCAGCAUUACGAAUGCAUUCAGACUAUACAAGAAGAACGAAACAAGCUGCACAUAGAGGCCAAGUAUCGGAUAUUGGUCCGUGAUAAUGCUAAGAAGAUCACACCUACUCAAUCUAAUGAUGAAGAGGAAGAGGAAGAGGAGGAUAGUAUACUGCAAGAUAUAUUCAUGGAUGCAGCAGUUGAUGAUACCAUUAAAGCUCCUAAUAAUGCUAUUCAUGAUCUACCAUUCGAUACACAGGCAUUACUCAAUCAUCCAUGCUUUGAUAAGAUACAACAUUUCCUUUCAAGACGGUUUAUAACGUAUGGUUGUGUUGGUAUUGAUUUACAGACAUCACUCGAACAGUUAUCAGUAUAUGAUCCGGAAAGUAAUCCUGAUGGUAUUGUCAUUUUCCCUACUAUAUUACCAAGCCAUGUUCAUAGACUAUGGCAAUGGUUUAGUCAUGCACUACCUCCAUUAAAGAAGGAUUCACAGUAUUUUCAUCUCAUACACAUUGAUAGUGAAGGGGAUUAUUACCAAUUACAUGUUGAAGGCGCGGGAUGCUUAAUCAUCUAUGCAGGACUUCAUAACAGUCUCAUGAUCAAAUUUGAAAAGGAAUUAUACAAAUACGGUUUAUCAGGUAGAGAUGAUCUGGCUAGUAUUGAUAGAUUGGGUAGGUAUGUAAUGCGGAAAUGGACCAUAUCUCGUACAGAUGUUGUGUUCGGUGGGGAUAUGGCGGCAUGCCCAUUCAGUCAUUUAGCUGAGAAGACAAGGAGAGGUAUCCCACCUAGUUGUACAAGAGAGGAAUGGGAGCAUAAUUGGAGUCUAGAUGGACCACGGAUGUAUGAGAGCUCGUCAUCCGAUAUUGGAGGAUGGAUGCAAUUUGUCCUGUCCGAACCAAAGGACUUCGUACAAUGUCGAGGAAUCUCCCUCCAGGAAGAGAACCGUAUCAUGACAUUACCAGGUACCUCCGGACUGAAGUCAGUUGUUAUGUGUGCUCUGGCUACUGAAAGAGGAUUAGAUCCGGCCUGUGAUGUUAAUAAUAAUAGUCAGAGCAGUAGCUACAGCUGUUUGUGUGAACUUCUCUAUGAUAAGAAAUGGCUCAAUAGUCGACAAUGCACAUAUGCCCAUCCAACUUUAUGGCACAAGUUCCCCCAAAGCCAUGCAACAUUGAUGAAGAGUCUAACAGCAUGGCGUAAUCAUUGGUCAAUACUCUACUAUGCUAUAUCAGAUCUAGUUAAGGCUAGAGCCCUCUCUCUAUGUCAACAGGAGCUUACUAUACAUACUGUAAUGUUUGGCCGACGACGAGGAGGGGAAGAAGAAGAAGGGAAUCGACAAUGAUGAUGAUUAUAACCCACGAGGAUGACAAUGAUGAUAAU